AAUGUAAAUUCGAAAAAUGUCCAUCCAACAAGGAAAGCUAUGCUCGCGCAUCAUCGAACAACAUUUCGGAGAAGUUGUACGAACUGUGGUGGACGAUCUGUACGCGUCAAUUGCAAAACCUUUGUCGCAAAUUAUUCGUUCAACGGGAUUAACCAAAUCGGAGGUGUGCAAAUCGUUGGCCGUAUUGAUAAAAUUCAACUUGGUAGGAUUCGAGCUGAACAAAUCUCGCCGAAUGUACGAAUAUCGCUUACACCACGAUCACGUCGUGAUGAUCCUACGCUACCCACGCUACGUGCACCUGAUACAGACCAAGUUUGGUCACGAAUCGGCCGUGUUGAUGGAAGAAUUGCUUCGUUCCGGUACACAAACUGCAUCAUACAUCAUCGUAAAGUCGAUGUCGAACGUGGACGGUAAGGAUAACAAUACUCUCGCGUUGCUAAGAGAUAAAUUCGUCGACUUGGCCAAUGAACAUUACAUCAUUCGUGCACCGGAACCGUAUCCAAGCGAUGGCAAUGCUGAACUAAUGGAACUUUGUCACGAUAUUCCCAACCCGUUCGUGAUGCCGGAGCUGGACUUACGAAUUUUGAAAGAUCUGCACGACGGAAAGGCGCUCAAAGCACCGGACGAAAAUGUACACUGGUUGGUAAAUGUGGAACAGUUUCACAUUGACUUUCGCAACACGGUCAUGGUUACUGCGAUCGAAAGACUCAUUGAUGGCAAUGCAGGCGAGUGCAUGAAGUACUUGCUGCAGCUGAUGCGCGAACGCACCAACCCUUGGGAAGCAGUUUCAAACCCUAUUGCUCUCGUCGACUUAAGGCAGCGCUGCGAACGAAAGUCCCAGAAUGUGGAAAUGUUGCGGUACCUCGAUCAGUACAUCUCCGUGAUGGAAUCGAACGAGUAUCUCUCCAAGUUCGACACCAAGGGUGGUGGUCAGUUUACCGUGAAUGUGAAGAAAAUCUUCGAACAGCUGACGUGGGCCUGUAUUGAAAAUAUUAUCGUUGAAAAGUAUGGCUCAAAAGCGGCUCGGAUAUUCCGCGUGAUUCGUAUGAAAAAAUACGUCGAACAGGAAGACAUCCAGAAGGAGGCCAUGGUUCCGGCAAAGGAAGCGAAACAGUUAACAUACAAACUGCUUGAGGAGAACUUUCUGCAGAUCCAAACGUUCCGUAAACCGGGCGGCGGUAAUGCGGGCGCGCCGAAAUCUUUCUUUCUAUUUUACGUAAACCAACCCCAGAUCGUAUCGAUGCUGUUGGAGCUGAGCUACAAGGCGUUGUACAAUUCGAUCACACGCCUAACGCACGAUAAGACCGUUAACAAGCGUUUGAUUGAGAAGAGCCAACGGUUGGAAAGUAUAGUGGAGACGAUGAAAGAGCGAGGAGAAUCGGAUGCGUACAUUAACGAAAUUUUGGAAACACUCACACCACCGGAACAGGAAAUAUUGGCCAAGGUAAAGCUGCGCGUGAAGAGUCUCUACAGCGCGGAGAUAGGGAUAGAUGAAACCAUCUUUAUGCUGAAGCUGUAUCAGCAAUAUCAGAAAUAA